GUUUUGUCUCCAUCCGGUGGUUCCUUGGCUCCGCCGGUUUGCCUAGCAGCAUGUGUGUCUCGUCGGUCGUGGGUUGUCCAGUUUGGUGGCACUGUCUGAAUCUGGUUAAUCUUUUAUUUCAGAAAAUGAUUGGUGAAGAUGGCGGUGGUUCAAUCUGGUGGUGGUGAGGUGGUUGUGGCCCCCAUGGCUAGGAUGCUCAAGUCGUUUGUGUGCCGAAGUCCGGUCAACGGCCUCUCCGAGCUCUCAUUCGGGCGCGGGGCCAGUAGUUCAUCAUUCCAAUUUGCUGUUGUUGCUGGUUUUCUCCGGAGCAGUUGGGGUUGCUUGGGGCAAGCUGUUGAUUGGUGGUGGUGGUCUCCUCCUUGCCUUGAUUGCUUUGAUUUUCAUUGCCGUAGGUUGGGUUUCGCCAUCGGUCUCUACAUCUGGGAGAGGCCGGCUCGAAUUAACGGCGAUGCUAGUUUUCUAUUGGUUUGUGCGACGGUGGUGAUUGAAGUGGUUAGGAUUUUGGGGGCUGGUUUGGGUGGGCCGGUCCUUGGUUGGUCCGGGUUAGGGUGUUUUGGGGCUUUAUUCUGUAUUAUUUGGGUGUUGGGUCGAGCUUUAUUGUUUUAUUAGUCUUGGGCCUUUGUAGACCUUUGGGUGUUAUGAAUUGUGCCAUUUGUGAUGUUUCAUCCAAAUUUUUGUUGAAUUCCCUUCCAUGUUCCUCCGUUUUUAAUAAAAUUUUAUCUUUUGCCCAUAAAAAAAAAAAAAAAAA